AUGAAGUCCACGACGCAGUACCGCCUGGCCGGCACGCAGGAGUUCGAGACUCGAGGAUCAGGAGGGGUCAAGGCGAAAGUAUCGAAGUGGACAAAAGUGAAGGAAGCUUUCCGGUGGGAGAAGGCUUCCAAUGGGGUUCUUCCCGAGGCAAAGUCUCAGGACAGUGGGUUGGGUGUCGGGGACGAUGUGCGUUACCUUAGGGUUCCUCAGAUGCUGAGUGACAACUCUUCUUUCAGCGUCAGUCCUGCUGACUCCGUGCUGAGCGGGCAAUCACUGUCUCAGCCUAGCGGCAAGGACUGUCUCGGAAUGCCGCAGAUUUCGUCGUCAGCAUCCACUUCAGACGAAGACCUCGAGGACUCCAACUUUGCAGUUGACGCAGGAAUGUCGACCACUUCAUACAGAAGAGGAUGUGAAGAUACAAGAAGAAGUAAAUCCUUGGAUGGAGAAACCCACCUGAUUUCGUGUGACCUUUUGGAAAGCCAUGAACUUGGGAAGGAUCAAAAACCCACACAUGCAUCUCACAAAGCUCUCAAGACCCCAUGGGGUAAAAUGAAGGACAUAAUCCAGACUCGAACAGGAAGUAUCAAGAAGAAGAAGGGAGACAGUGAUGUUGAAGAGGAUUCCAAGAGUGGUAUCUUGUCAGAGGAUGUCAACUUAGAUGAUAAUCAGUAUGAAACAGAGCCAUCUACCAUUGGUCAAACGGCUGAGUGUGAUGAGUGUGAAGUGGGUGGGAAAGCAUACGACAAGAGUCUGAAGCGCAGACUAGCUCCGAUGCUGACGAUAACGCUACCGUCAACGGAGGAACUUCAUCCAGGGGCUGAGAUUGAGGCCCCUGCUGCACCCUCCAAGGUAGCUGCCAAGCCUCCGCCCAGUCCCCAGACCGACGAGAGACAUUCGAGAACUGCUGUUCGACCAAAGACCCAUGAGGAACCUGUAGUUAGAGACAGUGGCCACCACCAUGGUCCAAGAAAGAUCUCAGGAGGAAGUACAGGAACAUCACCUCCUACCCCUCGCAGGCUGUCCAAGUGGUCCAAGGUGAAAAAUGCAUUCCUAACCUCAGGUUCAGCCAGUGAGGAUUGUCUCCACAGGGGCAGCAGCUCAGUUCCUUCCAGCCCAGUCAAGUCAGGGACAUUUGCUUAUGACAUGGAAUCUGAUGAAUUGAGCAGCGGGGAGUUUAUGGAUGACAGUACCCGGGAUGAUGAUGUAUUCCCAGAAUCUGUUGAGGAAGUUGUGGAUUUGACAAAACAUGAUAACAUCCAUGCAGAGAUUCAAAGGAAUUAUGAAGAACUGCAGUUGAAACUGAGUCAAGAGUUUCAUAAAAAGCUUUGUGAGUGGGAGAGAAAGAAGAGCUCUGGCAGUCCAGGAACUCCACCCAGCAGUUCAAGAGUGGCUGGAAGUGGGUUCUCUAGUGGAACGUCCAGUAUUGGUGAUGAUUCUCCUCAUGACAAAGGGUUUCGCAAGAAGAUGGAGGAAUGGGAGAAGAUGAAAGGUCCAGGCAGUAGCGGAACUAAGCACAGAGAGUCAGUCACUUUACAGCAGUUGGGAGAAGAGAAUCUCAGUGCAGACUUCAAAAAGAAACUGGAGGAGUGGGAGAAGAUAAAGUCAGUUCCAGUGCCUCAAACCCCUGACAUUGUUAAUGUUUCUCAACCCCAUUUCAAAAAGAAAAUAACAGAAUGGCAGUUGUGGAGGCCUGGAGUGACAACUUCAAAGAGUGAUGCAGGCAUAGCAGGCAUUGCUAGUCCUCCAAUUGAACUGCCUGAAGAUUUCUACCGGAAACUACAGGAAUGGGAACGUUUAAAGCAUGGGUCCACAUCGUCUGCACACCAGGACACUGAGAGUUCUGGGAACAAAACGCCAAGUCCUGGGACCUCACGGCGGGAUGGAUCUGAACAUAAAGUUGUUAAAAUACUUCACAGUCCGACAAGCAAAAAAGAAAAAGGGUCAAAUGAUUUUGGAUUCCAAAUAAAAAUUCAGAAAUCGAAAAGCCACCACGAAGUCAAGGAGCUGGCUUGGUUGGAGAAAGAACUUCACAAAAUUGAACGAGAGAAACAAAGACUGGAAAGGGAGAGAGAUAAAUAUUUGGAGAGAGAAGCAAGACUGGAAAAACUACGGAAAGCAAUUGGGUCAAAUGUAAAAAAACAAGAAGUACUGAUUCCAACAUCAACUGGACUCUUCCGGUUCGAGGGUAUCUCGCAGAAGUUCACUCGCAAACUGUAUGAAUGGGAGAAAGCGAAGGGUAUAGGACCUGAGGCUUCGACAUUUGCACUUUUAGAUCCUGGUUAUCAGCCACCUGACUGUCACAGAACAGAAGGUGUGAGCAAUGGAUCACUGCUGACAAGAUCCAAAUCAAUGGGGAGUGUGGUGGACAUCGUGGCAUUAGCUGGCAACCAGAACACUCUGACUCAUCAACCAUCUAGCCUGUCUCUCAACCAUAUGGAGCAGUUGGAGAGCAACCAGCUCAACUGUGCUCUGGCAGGAUCUGAAGAGUUGUGUGGACAGAGCUAUGAUGAGGAGCCGCAGGCUGUAAUUGUAGAUGUAGAGGAUGUGAUAGUGGAGACAGCUUCACCUUUGGAGCAUACACCCGCAGUGGAGUGUCAGACCCCUGUGUACUGUUAUGCCCCCACUGAGGUCACCCGGCUGAUAGACUCCAGUGGCAGUGACAGUGACAAAGAUGUGAGGAGGUUGGGGGUCCAGGCUCAAUCCAGCAUCGAACUGCUGCAAGAGAACAUCUCAUUGCUUGACAAGCUGCAGCGGAAAGAGGAUAUUUGUAGGGAUCUAGAAAACAAAAUUGAAGACGUUGAAGAUAAACUUACCACAACAGAAAGAAUUCACAGGGAACAUCUGGGCACUCUAGUGGAGGAUGACAAUCACUUCAGUAAACACUUGGAGAAAGAGCAAAGUUUGGAUCAAAUCAAAGAAAAGUUACUAGAACUGGAAUCACAACAGGAGCGUCUGCUUGAAGAAGGAGCUACCUUACAACAUUCCUUCGUAGAGCACAGUGAACAACAGGCUCUGAUUGCUCAAGACUUGGUGGGCAAAGUGAAACAGCUCCAAGACAACAUAACAACAACGACAACUGAGCACGACAACCCUGAACAAAUAAAGGACAACAGUGAAGAGUCCAGCUCACUAGCUCAAGUCCAAGAGCUGACUUCACAGCUACUGAAUCUGGCUGAGAAGCUGGAACUUGCUGUUGGAGAACGAAAUCAAGAAAUAUCUCUUCUUCGGAAAGCAUUAGGCAGCAGAACUCGAGCUCCUGGUUUACAGAAACUACGGAUGAACCAACAUUGGUUUUCUUCGGACUCAGUAUCUUCUAUUGGGGAUACUGAGAAGUUUGUAAGCCAAGGUUCAGAAGACUUGAGUCAACUGCCAGUUCUGCUCACCAACAAACUACACGAACUGAAAACGUGUCUUGGAUCGUUGACCCCAGUCUCAGAUGUGAAGAGUCAACCCGAGUUGCCGGUCAAACAAACCUUAAAUAUUAUCUAUCCUGAAAGCCCAGAAGUAGAGACUACUUUUGUAUUUAAUAUUGCAAAAAAAAGAAAGAGUGAAAAUAUAGUUGCUGAACAGAGUGAUCUGACGGCUCUUGAAAACCAAAGAGAAGGAGACAGUAGUAACAUAACCACAAACCCUUCAAUAGUGCAGACAGAAGUUAUGCAAUACACUCCGGAAUCAUUACCAACCUCAAAAUACCAGACAUAUUUGCAGCAAAGUGCCAACAAAAUCAUUUCUGAUAAUGGAAGUGUAGAAAAAGAAAGCAGGAAAAAGAAAAUGGAAUCUAUAGAAAGUGUGGUUGAGCUAACAUAUCCUCUCAAAACGUAUUUCAAUGAGGAUUGUAAUGAAAAACGAGUAACCAGAGUUGCUGGUCACAUUUCAACUGAUUCAGAUGACACAGAAUAUGAAAACUGUAUUUUUAAAAGAGGUAAACCUAAAGAACCACCAGAGGGAUCUGAAUCAGAAAACAUUAAGGAAUUUACAACAAAAAAAUGUAAACGAAGCAGACGUAAUUCUGGACUAUUAGAACGAAGACGAAGCAGAACUAAUAGUAAAGAUGAAAAUACUGAUGAAGAAAGUGGAAAUCCUAGUAUAUUUGAUGCUUGUACAAGUAGAAAAUCCUUUAAACUUGACACUAGAUACAAGAAAUCCUCCAAAUAUAAACUUUUAAAUAAAGAUUGUGAUGAUAGUGAUAAGAAAGAUAAGACUGAGACAAAAGAAGGAGAUACUAGUUUGAAUAAUUCAUGCAUGGAUUGUGUUGAGACAACUGCAGGAAGUAUAAAAUCCCUAAACAGUCCUAAAUGUGUAUCAAGAAGAAUUAAGAAAGGGUCUAAAACUUCGAAAGACAAUAAAUGUUUAGGAGAAAACAAGUGUCUCUCGUACAACUAUUGUUGUAAGACAGAAAAUGAAGAGACACCUCCAUGCCAAACAUCGAAUGUUAAUGUGUUUGUACCAACAACAAGAAAAAUAUUUUCACCUGUACAUAAAGACAGUAAAGGUGAGACCUCUACUGUAAUCAGUUAUGUUGUGGAAGAGUCGGUUCCGACAAGUAGUGUUCAGACUGAACCAGAUGUUCAUAUGGGUGUUAAAAAAAACUCCAAUCAGGAAAUAACUAACAGUAAUAUUUACGUUGUGGGCAAUAAUAGUGGUAGUGUAGUAGACAUUGCACAUACGCAAGAAGAUAAUAAAAUAUCUGAUUGUGAGACCAGUGAUAAAAAAGAAGUAACAAAACAAACAUAUGAUUUUAUUAUGCCUCCAUGUUGGAUAAUAAAACAGGCUAGAGCCCAGUCUGCAUCCCCAGCUUUGCAGAGAAGAACUAUUCAAAAGCCAUGGUGUAAAGACAAAGACGAUUUGGGAAAAUCUCUUGACAUGAAACAUGAGGAAAUCAAAGUAAGUGAAACAAAAACUGAAGACCCAUACAAUUCAGAAUGCACCAAUUACAUUGAAGAUAAUAAAAAAGAAGCAGAUACAAUUAAUACAGUUCAUCAAAACAAUAGUGUAACAGAUGUAAACCCUCAGAAAGAUAAUCUCUUCAAAGAAAAUUGUAGAAAGAAUAGUUCAUCAAGUGAAUCAGUAGAAAAUAACAGACCAUUAAGAAAAGAAGGGAGCUCAAUCCCUUCCAGCUUAAAACUUCGUUCAGAGGCUGGGUUUCCACCAAUAUCACCUUUAACAGUACGAAGGGAGAUGAAAGUAAUGAAAGAGACUGCUCCAAGCAUACGGCUAAUGAUUGCAAAAUACAACCAAAAGGUACAUGAAAGUCAAGAACUAACUGGUACGAAAUCUCCAGAAAGUGGUGGCCAGUCGCCUAUAGCUUGGAGAUCUCCAGCUACUGAAAGAAGAAUAAAAGCACAAAUGGAAAAGUACCAAGAUGAGGUUCGCAGAGCCUUGCAAAAUAGUUCUAAAAAGGACUUUUAUCCGCAUGCUAGGUUAGGGCAAGUACAAAAGUCUGCCAGUGCUGGUUAUAUUAGACCAUUUGAUAGAGGAUGUUUGAAUGAUGGUGUUAAUGUAAGAUCAGAAGACAACUGUUCAUCUCAAUUAUCUCAACACCAUGGUAUUUUAAAAUCCUCAAGUGCUGGUGCGAUUAAGUCAUUUUCCCCUCUACCUUCAAAACGUAACAACAUUAUUGAUUCAGAUUUAAAUUUACAGAAAGAUACCCCUGUAUCAUCAACACUAAUCAGUGAAACGGAAUCAAGUAGAGAAGUAAAAAUGAAGGAUUCUACACUUCAGCCUACACAGACAACAGUUGAAACUCCAUCAAAUUCUAAGUUUUUGAGGAAAAUUCCCAAAAUUGACAAAAUAAAGAUAUCUCACAUUCCUCCUAUACCAACCGUAAUAAGUGAUGAGAAUAGUUGCAUGGAGAUACUUGAGUUAGAACACAGUCCUCAGUCGAUGAGAGUUCGAGCAUUGAAGUUAAAAAAAGCAAAAGAAGAGUUUUUAUCAAGGGGGUGUGUUGGUAGUAUUGACAGUCCCCAAAAUAGUCCCAGUACUCCGAACACUCCCAUACAGAAUGACCGAUUAUCUUGGUCCGAUUCUAAGGCUCGCUUAAGUCAGAUCAGCUGUGGAAGUGAAUCAAGUUAUGAGAAUGUACCUAUGAUAGUUGUCAGCGGCAAAGAACCUUCACGUGAUCAUGAUGGAUCGUUACUAGUGAAAAGCGCAAGUGCUGGAAUGAUUAAUAUUGAUUCAGCAACUUGUUCGAGGGUAUUUUGUAGCACAUCCAGUCCCCAAGAGACCUCUGACCAUGGGGCCAUUCCUAAGUCCAAAUCAGGAAUACUGUCCAGGUUCAGGAAAGCCAGAUUGAAAAGGAAUAAAGAGAAAGACACGUCAAAACUUGAUACAGUGUCAACAUUGUGUAGGCAAAGUUUAGUUGUAGAUAUCCAUAAGAGAACCCAAAAUGGAGAACCUUUACCAUCUUCCAGUAAAAGUUGUCCAUCAUCUCCAGUCCUCCACAAAAAAGAUCAAACCCCUGCAGGAAGCUGGAUUCGAAACCCAAGAAGAAUAUUUAAGCCAAAAUAAAACUGAUAAAACUCUAUCAGUAAUUAUCAAUUUGCCUAAAACAUUUCUUUCUCUUCUAAUAAGUGAGGUAGUGUUAAUGAUAAUUGUUUUAUACAGGGAAUACACGUAUAAGUCUUUAAUAUUUUGUAAUGUAAUUUUAGAUAAUAAAGUAAUUUAUUCCGAAUGAAAAAA